CGUAAAUGUUCUGGAUACUCGAACACUUCAAACUAAUUGGACCAUUCCAUUCGACGAUAUGCUGCUUUCGCGCAGCUUGAAGUUCUUCAUGGGAUUGUGUAUGCUGGCGUUACUCGUAGCACCAAUACAGCAGGUUGAAGCACUCCCUGGCUUCUGCAGAUAUUGUGACUAUUGCAGCUUCUGUACGGAAUGCAAGGAGUGUCCGUGCGACCAUACUGACACGUGCAAGAUGUGUAAAUACUGCAAAUUCUGCACACUUUGCACCACAUGCGACUACGUCUGUGUAGAGGGUGGUGUUGUCGAUCGAGUGUCGUCGUGGUUCAGUCACUUCACCUCACCUGAGGAGAUCAAUGUCGAUGACGAAUCUCUUGAAAAGGAGUUGAAGCAGUUGGGCGUUAGUAAACCCAAACGAUCAAUUAAAAUGUAAACAACGUUGAAGAUGUAGUUUUGACCGAUCGCAGGACCGUGUAGUAGCACGAAAACCCCUUUUAAGCAAGUAUCGCCGCCAAAGUGGGAUCACUCGCCACACUCCAGGCUCGCAUAGAGACAUCUAUGCUCUCCUUGCCCCCCUGUAAUUGGAGAGAAUCGUUGUCUACACCCGAAUUUACCUACAGUUGAACCUACAGGCGAAUAUAUGAACGAGAACGACAAUGUCCGUGGCAUACCAUACAAAAUAAUGUCACCAUUGAUAGUCAACUACUAAACCAUCAAUAUAACUCUAAGCAAUAAUGUUAAACCCGCAGCAUAGUUCCCGAAAAUGCCUUCACGAAGACAAAGUUUCCUCGUGUCAGCAACUCUUAAGGCACUCCCUCGUUUCCAAUUGAAUAAAAC